AUGUAUCUUUUCUCUCCUUCUCACACACAGCUCCUGGAGUUUGCGUAUCGCUACAUGACGGACGUGCUGGGCGAGGACCACCUGUACUCAGAGCAUGCAGAUUCGUUCCCUUCUCCAACUGCUCCUUUCCCUUCUCUAUCCCGCUCCAUUGCACCAGCUCGUGGAGUUCGCCUAUUGCUACAUACGGUCAUGCUGGGCGAGGCCCGCGUGGCUCAAAAUAUGCAGCUUCGUUUCACUUCCCAACCCCCUUUUCCCUACUGUACCCCGUUCCCUUCAUCUCACCCACAUCAGCUCCUGGAGUUCGCCUACCGCUACAUGACGGAUGUGCUGGGGGAGGCCCGCGUGUACGCGGAGCAUGCGGGGCACACGGCUCUCGAGGUGGACGAUGUGCGGCUGGCCGUACAGGCUAAGGUUUCCACCUCCUUCUCCCAGCCUCCACCCAGAGAGGUGCUCAUGGAGCUCGCUCGAGCACGCAAUGCCGUGCCCAUCCCGCCCAUAGCGGGGUCGGGGCUCUUUGCGCUUCCUCCUGAGGCCGAGUGCCUGCUACAGCCCAACGUGCAGAUCGCUGUUCCACUGCCCGGCCCUGCUGCCCGAGGAUCGCACAAGAGGCAGCGAGAGGGAGACACAGGAGGAAAAGCAGGAGGGCGGGGAGGAGGGGGGAAGGGAGGGGACGCUGUGGCAAGAGUAAAGAAGGAGCAAGGGGGAACGGAGUCGCUACAAGAUGGUAAAGCUGGUGUGGGGGGGGCUAAGGAUCGAGCCCUCCAAGGCAUGGCGACGGUCGUAGGCAUUUCCGAAGGAGAAAGCGAGCGGGAGACGGCGGUUCCUAGAACCAUAGUAGCAGCUGAUUGGGGAUUCAGCGAGCGAGUGAAGGUCGCAUGUCGCCUGCGACCGCCAUCGCGAGCAGGACCGCUCGCCUGGGCUGUAGCUGCCAAUACCGUCGUCGCCGCACGCAAUCCCAACGCGUUAACGCCGUGCCCGUCGCCGCAGCCCACUCCCCGCUCCAGCACCUCCGAUUCCUCCUCCAAUUCCGCGCCUCACUCGUCGCAUCCCUCACGCGUUUCGCACACACUUCAGCCGACUGCUCCCCUUCCUGCGAAGGCGCUGACCUUCGAGUUCAACCACGUGUUCGGCUAUGAUUCGUCCAACUUUGAGGUAUACACGGAGUUUUGCAAGGGAGCGGUGGAGAGGGCUGUGGCGGGGUGCAGAGCGGUGGUGCUGGUGUACGGGCAGACGGGCACGGGCAAGACGCACACCAUCAGCGGAAGCAACUUGGAAGCGGGAGUUUUUCACCAUGCCAUGGCGGAUGUUUUUCGGGCAGCACAGAAUGCCGACGUGUCUCGUUACAGUGCCAGCUGUCCGACUGCUGACGUCAGUGCAGCUGAGCGUGAGGUUGUGGGAGCGUUGGAUCUGUCCACGUUGGCAGCAGCAGACACGUCACCAUCAGCUGGGAAUGCCACGUCAUCAUCCCCGGGCGAGAAGGGACCUCCAGAAGCAAUUCAAUCGCCACCGUUGAUGUGUUUCCUAUCGGUGGUGGAGAUUUACAACGAGAGAGCUGUGGACUUGCUGCAGGGAGCCAAACCCAGCUCCGUGCAAGUGAAGGAGAAUGGGAGCAGUCGCAGUGGCGACAGCUCUAAGACCAGUUCUGGCAGCAGCCUCUCACACGCAGCAGGGAGGAAGCUUAUAACGGAGCAGCAGCUGCACUCAGUGGAAGAGGCAGCAGUGGCGUUUGAGUUGGCAGGGCACAGGCGCAAGGUGCGGGGCACAAGCAGGAACAAGCAGAGCAGCCGCUCCCACAUGCUCUAUGUCAUUCGGAUCAGACGAACGCUGCCGGGUAGUGGAGCAGAGGGGGGAGCGAAGAGGGAGGCGAGGAGGAGGGAGACGGAGAGCAUUAACAAGAGCCUGCUCGCGCUCACCUCCGUCCUCACGCACCUCAGCCAGGCUCGGCCAGGCCUCCCGCCGUACCGCCAGUCUCUGCUCACGCGCCUGCUGCAACCGUGCCUGGGAGGCAGGUCCGGUAGUGGUGUCGGUGGCAAUGGGGGAAGCAGCGGUUACUGUGCUGUGCUGUUCUGCAUUGAUCCUCAAGACGUCCACGUCAGCAAGACCACUCUCAGGUACUCUGCCAUGACGCGGCGAAUCCGCAUGGACUAUCAACCUUCGAUACUGUCACUCUCCGCACCCAAGCAUGCCCCUCCAGUCGUCCACAGGCCUGCGAGGCGUAGACCAGCAAAGGCCCCUGCUGCUGAGGCACACUCGCACAGCCCCACACCGGCACAAGGGGAGAAACAGAAGAAGUGCGUGCGGACAGGUGCGGACCGGUUGGGUGAAGUGGAAAGGAGGCGAGUAGACGCCAAAGCGGGUGCAGAUGGGAAAGGGAAGGAAGGAGAGGUGGAAGAGGAGAAGGGGGAGCAGGGGGGGAAGAUGGUAGUUGAAGAGGAGGUGAGGGUAGUGGUUGAGGAGAGGGAGGAGAAGGGGUUGAAGGAGAGGAGCAGGGAAGGUGAGGGAGAGGAGGAGAAGAGUCAAGUGCAAUCGCCAGCAGCGUUUCAUCAAACGCUGCAUGCAUGCACACCCCCAACCAUCCUUCCCCGUUUGCUUCCUCCAUAUCUGCCAUGCAUGGUUUCGAAACGACGAUCUCCUGCUGCACCCGCACGCACCGCAUCCGCAUCUACUGCUGCUGCCGCCUCUCCUGCUGAGACCAACAUUGCUGCUGCAGAGCUUGGGUGUGAUUCGAGCCAUCCCCUGUGCCACCAGGCGAAUCCGUGGAAGUGUGCGGCUCUGGUGUGUACAGCCAUGCAGUGCAUUGCACUGGACGUGCAGAGCAGAGGGGACGGGGAGGAGGAGGGAGAGGACGACAGAUUGUUUGAUGAAGCGGAAAUUUGCUUGAAGCAAGUGGAGAGAGGGGAGGGGUGGAGGAAAAUGGACCUGGAAAGGCAUCAAGUUCUGGAAGGAGAGGAUUUAAGUGGUGCAAAGGAAAUUGUGAAAGGGAAUGUUGGAGGCAGGAAGAAGGUGAAGGAGAGGGCAGUUGUGCUGCAGCGCUGGUUGGCGAUGGCAUGUGUUUGCUUUAGCAGCCAGGAUGAUGUUGUUAUGGUGUAG